ACGCCUACGUCACGUCAUGGCGUCGGAGCAGACAGACGGGGUACGCAGCCUGCCGUGCGGGUAGAAGGGUUGCGCGCUGCGAUGAGGACGGAGCACGGUUUUAUCUCGCAUAUUGUGGCGAGUGUCAGCGCGUUUUCACGCUCGCGACGGUGUUAUAUGCACGCCAGGAGUGCCGGGACUCGUAAUUAAAUCCACUCGCUCGCUCGCUCGUUCGUACGUUCGCUCUCUCGGACGCGAGCGAAACGCGUGCGCGCGCGUACGCACGUACAAAAUACACACACACACACACACAUACACAUACACACACAAUAUACACAUACCAUACGCACGCGCGCGCGUGAGCGAAAUCGAGGGAGACUCCGAGUCCUCCCGUUGCUGUGUCAUUGACUCAGGGCGAAGUGUCAAAAUCUAUCCGUGCCCAAUUUUCUGCCGCCCUCUUCCCGUCGUCGCGUGUAAUAUUAAGACGAUCUGCGAAUAAUUUCGCCGCCCGGCAGUCUCGCCACUAGCUGACGGAAUAACACACGGAUGGCCACGGGAGAACAAGAGCAUGUAUGCUAUGUACAUUUGGAUACUAAAGGCUAAAUAAUGCUUGAAAAGCACAAAUAAAUAUAUAACAGUGCAAUUGGUGUUGAGACACUACCAGGAAUAUAAUAUAAUCAUGUAUCCAAGAUACAUUUAAUCAAAUUUAAUUGUCUGAUUAUACAUUUGGGGAGGUUGGAGAGUAAUGCCGGUUCAUCAGAUUAAUGUUAAUCCGCCAGAUUGGCAACCGCCAUUAUCAAUUGGUCCUUCCAGUAAUACAAGUCCAACCGGUGGAGAAGCUUUAUCAGAAUGGAUACCACAGAAUUUUGCUUAUGGUACAGUAGUUACUAUUAUACCAGAUGAUUGUCACUCGUCCGUAAGCACCUUGUCUUCGACCAACCAUGAUAUUUGCAGGAUCUGCCAUUGUGAGGGUGAAGAAGGCGCUCCUUUGUUAGCUCCUUGUUAUUGCAGUGGCAGUUUGCGCUACGUUCAUCAGGCUUGUCUUCAACAAUGGAUAAAGGCUUCGGAUACACGCGCCUGCGAAUUGUGCAAGUUCACAUUUAUCAUGCACGCCAAAACAAAACCAUUUUGCGAGUGGGAGAAGCUCGAAAUGUCUGCGCUGGAAGUGCGAAAAUUAUGGUGCGCGGUUGCUUUUCACGCCGUAGCCGCGCUUUGCGUAGCGUGGUCGUUAUACGUACUCGUUGAACGAUCCGUGGAAGAAGCACGUCGCGGAUUCGUCGAUUGGUCCUUCUGGACGAAAUUAAUAGUUGUCGUGAUUGGUUCUACUGGCGGAUUAGUGUUUAUGUAUAUUCAAUGCAAAGCAUAUAUUACAUUAUGCAGAAAAUGGCGAGCAUUUAAUAGGGUGAUAUUUAUUCAAAAUGCUCCUGAGAAAGUGGUGCUUCCUCCCUCACCUACGGACUCUUUAAGAGAAGUUACUCUACCCCUGAAGGACCCAACUGCCUCGAUGGCCGAGCUCAAUCGCACUCUGUUACCCCGUACCAUAGAUCCUCCGUGUGCCUCGCAAAUGGCGAAGCCCGACUCUGCCGCGCCACCGCAGAGACACGAUGCUCAACUGAAACUUUACGUAUUCGACAAGUUGUCCUCAUCCGAGGAUAAUCUAUAAUACUUCGAAAACGGAAAUGAUCGUUAAAAAUCGCGUAUUUGGAAAGUGAUUAGCCAAAUUUUUUCGAUUCAAAAUAAUAAGCGUGUCCCGAACGGAACCGGUUAACUUUUAGACUGUAUACGAUUUCGUAACUCGGAGCGGAAUUAUCCUUGCCGAAGUCGUCAAAUAUCCGCCCUCAUGCAGCACCUUUUUUUCCGAAACUUAGUACUUCAGUGCUUACAGUGUUGACAAGUGAGAUAGAGAGACGGAAGUGUACAGCCCGAAAAUGCUGGCGCUUUCUUAUGUACAUAAUUAUUGUAUCUGUGAUGUUAUUAAAUAAACUUUACCAUAUUUAAAC